GGCCUAGCGCUGGGCUUGUUUGGGCGGGGCAGGGAGUUAGUUGCCGCCUCUGGGUAACUGGACUCUGUCGGCCAAACCUCCGGAGGCCGCGGGCGGCAGGCGGGCCUGCAGCAGAUCCCGGAUCCGGAAUUCCCCGGGCAGGACCGGAAUCAGGAUCGGCCCUGCCCCAAACCGGGUCUGUGGGGAACUCGAGGUCUUGGACUAGGAAAUCCCGGAACCCGGAUCAACAAACCCCAGAACCCGGAAUUUAGAUCGGAAAGUCCCGGAUCACGGAUCGCGGAGCGGACUCGACACGGAGCCCGGAGCCCGGAUCGCGACACCGCCGGACGGGACGGAGCGAUGUCGGGCCGUGUCGCGGGCGGGUUCCCGCUGCCUCCGCUGAGUCCUGGCGGCGGCGCAGUUGCCGCGGCUCUGGGGGCGCCGCCUCCGCCAGCGGGACCCGGCAUGCUGCCCGGACCGGCGCUCAGGGGGCCAGGACCGGCUGGAGGUGUGGGGGGUCCCGGGGCCGCCGCCUUCCGCCCCAUGGGCCCCGCGGGCCCCGCAGCGCAGUACCAGCGGCCCGGUAUGUCACCAGGGAGCCGGAUGCCCAUGGCUGGCUUGCAGGUGGGGCCCCCUGCCGGCUCCCCAUUUGGCACAGCUGCUCCACUUCGACCUGGCAUGCCACCCACCAUGAUGGACCCGUUCCGAAAACGCCUGCUGGUGCCCCAGGCCCAGCAUCCAAUGCCGGCCCAGCGCCGGGGGUUAAAGAGGAGGAAGAUGGCAGAUAAGGUUCUACCUCAGCGAAUUCGGGAACUUGUCCCAGAGUCUCAGGCGUAUAUGGAUCUUUUGGCUUUUGAGCGGAAGCUGGACCAGACCAUUGCCCGAAAGCGGAUGGAGAUCCAAGAGGCCAUCAAAAAGCCUCUGACGCAAAAACGAAAGCUGCGGAUCUAUAUUUCUAAUACAUUCAGUCCCAGCAAAGCAGAAGGUGAUAAUGCAGGAAACGCAGGGACCCCCGGGGGAACCCCAGCAGGGGACAAGGUGGCUUCCUGGGAACUCCGAGUGGAGGGAAAACUGCUGGAUGAUCCUAGCAAACAGAAGAGGAAGUUUUCUUCAUUCUUUAAGAGCCUCGUCAUUGAGCUGGACAAGGAACUGUACGGGCCUGACAACCACCUGGUGGAGUGGCACCGGAUGCCCACCACCCAGGAGACUGAUGGCUUCCAGGUGAAACGGCCUGGAGACCUUAACGUCAAGUGCACCCUCCUGCUCAUGCUGGAUCAUCAGCCUCCCCAGUACAAGUUGGACCCCCGACUGGCAAGGCUGCUAGGGGUGCACACACAGACCAGGGCCGCCAUCAUGCAGGCCCUGUGGCUUUAUAUCAAACACAACCAGCUGCAGGACGGGCACGAGCGGGAGUACAUCAAUUGCAACCGUUACUUUCGCCAGAUCUUCAGUUGUGGCCGACUUCGUUUCUCGGAGAUUCCCAUGAAGCUGGCUGGAUUGCUGCAGCAUCCAGACCCCAUUGUCAUCAACCACGUCAUUAGCGUAGACCCUAAUGACCAGAAGAAGACAGCGUGUUAUGACAUUGAUGUGGAGGUAGACGACCCACUCAAGGCCCAGAUGAGCAAUUUUCUGGCCUCCACCACCAAUCAACAGGAGAUUGCCUCCCUUGAUGUCAAGAUCCAUGAGACCAUUGAGUCCAUCAACCAGCUGAAGACCCAGAGGGAUUUCAUGCUCAGCUUUAGCACUGACCCUCAGGACUUCAUCCAGGAGUGGCUCCGAUCUCAGCGCCGAGAUCUGAAGAUCAUCACUGAUGUGAUUGGGAAUCCUGAGGAAGAGAGACGAGCUGCUUUCUACCACCAGCCCUGGGCCCAGGAAGCAGUGGGGAGGCACAUCUUUGCCAAGGUGCAGCAGCGAAGGCAAGAACUGGAACAGGUGCUGGGAAUCCGCCUGACCUAACUGCUCAGGGACCCCCCCCCCCCACCUCCACCUCCACCUGGAAGGGGACCACCCUCUGGGGCCACAGACACGUAGGCUAAGGAUGGGGUGAAGGGUGUCUGCUGUCACCCUGUGUUCCCCAGCUGUAGUUUCGUAAAUGUAGUGAUAGGAUUCCUUGUUGCUUGGUCCCCGAAGCCUUAUAUUUACUUUACACUUCGGCUUUAAAUGGGUUCAGAACAGAUGCCUCCUCUGCUCCCUGCAGGCAGGCAGGCCCAAGUAGGUCCGCUGGAGGCUGUAGUUUGACAUUGCAAUGGAGACUUCAGAACCAGGCCCGCCAGCUUUGCUUGUUUACAGACCCCCUCGGAGCUAGCAUCAGUGCUGGCUCCGAGGAGCUGGGUGAGGAAGAGGGGCACAGCUCACACUCUUCCUGGCCUUUCUAAACCAAAGUUCUUUGCCAUUCCUACCAGCGCAGUCUUGCUGCUGGUUUUUUCCUUUCCUUUGGGUAUUUGCACUAUUUGGGAAGCAGGUUUUUCUAUGCGGGAGCCACUUUUUUUGUACAGGGGUAAGUUGGGGUUUUCAGGGAGCCCUGUUUGGUGCCUCCUUCCUUAUCUUCUUUCCUCAAUCUAUGCAAGCGGCUCUGGCCGCCAUCAUCUCCUGGGAUGCCAGAGGGCGGCCACCCCAGCUCUUGGGCCCAGGGUGGUAGAGCCUCCUUGGAGGGGACUCCAGUUCUCUGGCAUGGCCUGAGGUACGGGUGUGCGUGAGCGGUGGAGGGGGAGGUGGGGAGAACCGUUGUUGCCCUUUGGAACUCGGUAGGGAGGGCGGACCCCAGGGCUUGGCAGGCGCCACUUCUGGCAGGUUUGGAAAUUUCCAAAUAAAUCCUUGUUUAUCGGUGA